AUGUUACAGAUAAAGGACCAAGACCUCACUCAUUUCCACCGGACUUUUGUGCAGCAGCCCCAGCUCUUGUCAUCGCCAUCCCUCCGCUGCCUCCCCCGCAAGAGUUCGCUGUCGCUGGAGCCACCUCCGGUUACUCGUAGCGCUCGAUUCUCUCUGCUUCACUUCCCACCAACCGCAACCAUUGACGCCACGUUGGGUUAUUCGAGUGACCGAGACUGCACCUGGGAUCGAGGGUUUCGUGUCCCUCGAUUUGGAGGAAGUAGGGCAGGGCCGUUAUCUGGAAAGAAGUUUGGAAACCCUGGGGAGAAACUGGUUAAAAAGAAGUGGAAUCUUGAUGAGCUGUCCAAAUUUGAGAAGAAUUUUUAUCAAGAACACCCUGAUUUGGCUAGGUGUACAGCACAAGAGGGAGAGACAUACAGAAGAAGCAAGGAAAUUACAGUUAGAGGUCACAACUGCCCAAAGCCAGUACUGAACUUUUAUGAAGUGAACUUCCCUCCAAAUGUCAUGGACGUGAUUGCAAGGCAGAACUUUACUGAACCCACAGCUAUUCAAGCUCAGGGAUGGCCAGUUGCUCUAAAUGGAUUGGAUAUGGUUGGGGUAGCAGAAACUGGACCUGGGAAGGCGUUGUCUUAUUUGAUGCCUGCCAUUGUCCACAUCAAUCAUCAGCCACUCCUAGAGAGAGGUGACGGACCUAUUUGCUUGGUGCUGGCACCAACUCGGGAACUGGCCCAACAGGUACAGCAAGUAGCUGCUGAAUACUGUAGAGCAUGUUGCUUGAAGUCCACUUGUAUUUAUCGUGGUGCUCCCAAGGGACCACAAAUAUGUUAUUUGGAGAGAGAUGUAGAAAUCUGUAUUGCAACACCUGGAAGACUUACUGACUUUUUAGAAUGUGGGAAAACCAAUCUAAGAAGAACCACCUAUCUUGUCCUUGAUGAAGCAGACAGAAUGCUUGAUAUGGGAUUCGAACCUCAAAUAAGGAAGAUUGUGGAUUAGAUAAGACCUGAUAGGCAAACCCUAAUGUGGAGUGCUACUUGGCCAAAAGAAGUAAGACAGCUUGCUGAAGAUUUCCUGAAAGACUAUAUUCAUAUAAACAUUGGUGCACUAGAACUGAGUGCAAAUCACAACAUUCUUCAGAUUGUGCAUGUGUGUCAUGAUGUAGAAAAGGAAGAAAAGCUUAUUCAUUUAAUGGAAGAGAUCAUGAGUGAGAAGAUGAUUAAAACCAUUGUUUUUGUUGAAACCAAAAGAAGAUGUGAUGAACUCACUAGAAAAAUGAGGAUAGAUGGGUGGCCUGUCAUGGGUAUCCAUGGUGACAAGAGUCAACAGGAACGUGACUGGGUUCUAAAUGAAUUCAAACAUGGAAUGGCUCCUAUUCUGAUUGCCACAGAUGUGGCCUCCAGAGGGCUAGAUGUGGAAGAUGUGAAAUUUGUCAUCAAUUAUGACUACCCUAACUCCUCAGAGGAUUACAUUCAUCGAAUUGGAAGAACUGCUCGCAGUACCAAAACC